AUGGUAAGAGAAGAAAUACCUAAAUUAGAAUGUGAACCACAGUUGCAUGAAGCUGUUGUAAAACAUAUGAUCCAUAUACCUUGCAGCACAAUCAACCGAAAGUCUCCAUGUAUGAAAGACGAACAUUGUAAAAAAAGGAAUCCCAAACAAUUCUUGGAUGAAACACGUCAAGGAACUAACUCAUAUUCUGAGUAUAGAGGAAGGUUUGAUGAAUCUAUAUCGUUAGGUAGAGAUAGGUCUGUUGAUAAUAGAUGGGUGGUUCCUUAUAACCCUUGGUUACUAUUAAAGUAUGAUUCUCACAUCAAUGUAGAGAUUUGUAGUAGCAUUAAAAGUAUCAAGUAUCUAUAUAAAUAUGUGUACAAUAGCUCUGAUCAUGUGGCUAUGGAGGUUCAUAAAGGAUCAUGCAUGGAUGAAGUCCAACAAUAUGUUGAUGCAAGAUGGAUUUGUGCUCCCGAGGCAUUUUGGAAAAUAUUUCGAUUCACGCUUUAUCGAUUAUAUCCUUCGAUUAAAAGAUUGCAGACCCACUUGUCGAACCGCCAUCAAGUGCGCUUUUAUGAUCAUCAUCAAAUUGGAGACGUGUUAAAUAAUGAACGCAACUCCAAAACAAUGCUCACACAAUUCUUUGCACUGAAUCUACGAGAUCCACUAGCAAGAAAUUAUCUGUAUAGAGAGAUUCCAGAGCAUUAUUGUUUGAACAAGCGGGACAUGGAAUGGCAUCGUAGGCGGUCAACUAGAAAAGUUAUCGGGAGAAUCUAUACGGUAUCACCUUCGGAGGGAGAAAAGUUUUACUUGCGACUGUUGUUAUCUUAUGUCACAGGUACAACCAGUUGGGAAUAUCUUCUUAAAAAUAAUGGCACGACUUUCAAUAUAUUCAAAAAAUCAGUCGAGGAUUGGGGAUUUCUAGAGACUGAUCAUAGUAUUCGUGAUUGUUUGGUUAAGGCUAUGAGUCUCUGA